AUGGAAACAUAUCACGGUUAUGUCCGAACGCAGUUGGAUGCAAUCCUCCUUUUUGAAGCAUGCCAACUCGGCUUGCUCCCUCGAAUCCGUCGACGGCUGACAGAACGAGAACGACUACAAGUGAGAUCGGGCUCAGUUUAUGUAUGGGACGAGAGAGAGGCGUCAAUGAGAAGAUGGACCGACGGAAAGGCAUGGAGUGCCAGUCGAGUCAGUGGCUCAUUUCUGACAUACAGAGAAAUGGAGGGUAACAAAAAACACCCAGUUGCCAGUCCAAAGGAAAAAGAGGAAGGUUUCAAGUACAAGGAAGGUGGACUUUUCAAGCAAUCUUUCAGCAUCACCACUGCUACCGGUCUCAAGCUUCACUUAAUCAGUUACUACACUCGAGAAGAUGUGAACCAAGGCAAGCUGGCUCAGCCUAGCACUGACUCUCGCCUUAAACAUAUCCAAAUUCCUAUUGAGAACUACCCCGAUACCUCUCCUAGUGCAUCUUACCAGAAUCCAGCUGUUACACAUGUCCCUCUUCAGUAUGGGUACAGACAGGGCAUCCCUAUGCCAGGACAGAUGCCAGGACAGAUGCCAGGACAGAUGCCAGGACAGAUGUCAGGACAGAUGCACCCCCAGAUGCAACCCCAGAUGCACCCCCAGAUGCAACCCCAGAUGCAUAAUCAUAUCUCUAGCCAUGCUCCUAGCCAUGCCCCUAGCCAUGGGCCAAGUCAGCACAUGCACAUUCCUUCUCAUCAUUCGUACCACCCAUAUGCUAUGCACCACCCAGCCUCCCAUGCUCCUCCACAGCAGUAUGGAACCUCACCUCCAUACUAUGACUACUCUCAGCCUCCUUACUAUCCCCAGCAACCUCAGCCCCAGCCCCAGUACUCUUUCCGAAGAUCACCUGAGCUGCAGAUCCCCUCUCCUCCUCCCACGACACACUCUCCUAAGACUCCUCCAAAGGAAGGAAAGACUCUCCCUCCCUUGAAAUUGGCUGAAAAGUUGGGAGGUGAAGAUCAGAGAACUAUUCACAUGCUUAACCGUGUCUUCAUUUGA